UUUACCUGCGAAUAGUGCGCGUGUGGUCUGUGCCGUUGUGUACCGUUACACGUGGCAUUCAGUGCGGAGUCCAAUCUGACAGGCGCUUUGCACUAGGUGUCAACGCCGUAUAGUAAACGAUUUUCCUUUUAAAGUGUUUUACAGAGCACUUGCGUGUGGAAUUGUUGAAAUUCACUAUGCACCAGUGAUGAUACAUUUCGUAUGGAGGGAUAGCUCGGCCUCUGGAAAUUAGUCUGUUAUCGCUUUACAUAGUUGCGAGUAUAUCACUUGCAGUGAAGCUACUUGAGUGUUUUGUCACGACAGGGGCACAAAUACGGAACAUAGAGCAAAAAAUAUUGCGUCCCAGUUCGGUGGUCUUGCUGUAAAGAUGCCGUUGACAGUAAAUAGAUCAGGAAUAUCAGCUCACUGAAUGAUAUUUCCGCUUUCUAAAAUGUUUAGCAGGCAUUGUUUGAUCCAACAUUGACAAAUUUUAUUAACAAUUGUGCAGCUAUAGGCGUUGAACUUUAAUUGGUUCAGUCAGAACUCUGCUUCUCCCCCAGUUUUCAGUCGGAGCUUAAGCCAAGAUUCCGUGAUUUAUUAUUCUUGAGGUCCAUUUUUCUAAGCCAGUGAAGCAUGUAUGUUAAAAAAAAGUUACAUUCUUUUUUAACUGCUCAUCUUGACUCAAGCGUAACUAAUUCCCAUAUAGUGUAAUAUGAGAAACUAUAAUGGAUUAGCUUAAUGCUUGUGCCACAAACUAGUAAUGUGUGCCCAUUUUCAUUUCCUUAGAUUUAAAACGUCACACACAUUUCCAAAGGAACUUAGUUUAUUUGCAGAAAUACAAAAUCAAAAAAGUUGACACACAGUUCGUUUGGCUGUAAUUGCCAGUAAGUAUAUUUGUAAAUAAAACAUUACAGAUCACAUAGUAAAUGCAGUUGCAUCUGCAUUUAAAGUGUAUACUGAAAUGUUUGUACCUCUCAUAUAAUCUUCCAGAGAGAGAAUUUACAGUCAGAUCUGUAUGUCUUUUAAAAACUGUUGAAGCAUUAUCAGUGCACAUGCAUGAUAGUUUGCAUAAAAGACCCAUACGAGGUUAUAGACUGAGAACCACUGAUUAAAUUGAUAGCAUCCGAAUGAAUAUUAUUUAAACACAUUAUAAUGUUUUAAACUACCAAAGAUAUGGAUGAUGAGCCUCAGUCCCUCGAAUAUGAAGAAGAUUGCUACUAUGCAUACAUAUCAGGAUCGGGAACACCAAGUUUUGAUCAUAAUUGGCCAGAUGAUGUAGAUUCAAGUACUUUCUGUAUUGUUGAUGAACAUGAUGAAUCAUCCCUGGAAACAGAGUCAUGUAGUGUGGAAACGGAGUUUCAGAAAAAGCCACAUAAUGUAAAAGUAACAUUUCAAGAUAUUUCAAAGCCCUAUCUUGCUCGUGUCAGCAGCCCCAAAAACUACAGGCGUUUUCUGCAACUUGUGAAAGCUGAGGAGGCCCCUACUGACGUCUCACCCGAUUCUGGUAUCAAUGAACUUCAGGGUUUGAGUCCUGAGGAACAAGAGAGACAGAAACAGGAAUGGCAGCAGGAGCUUGUAAAGGUUGAAGAGGAAAUUCAGACUCUCCGCCAUGUCUUGGCAUCAAAAAUAAAACAUUCUCAAGAACUUAAACGUAAACUUGGGAUAAGUGUGUGGAAGGAAUUUCAAGAUGAUAUGUCACAGAGCAUUCGAAAUGUGAAGGAAUCAAAUAUUUAUCAGAAUGUUGAAGACAAACUAGGGAAGUUCAGCAGGGCUGUUACAGAAGCACCAUUGUAUCAGAAGACUGAAUCUGUGAUUAAAACUACAGCUGAAAAAACUACUACUCUUCUAGGUGGUUUAGGCUCCAGUGUAACAACAAAAAUUGGGCAGCUGAAAAAUUCAGAUUCUUUUCGCUCUUUAGAAGAGAAGGUUGGGUCAGCAUAUGAGAAUGUGAAGACAAAAGUGGUGACUUCACGCUCCAACUCAACUCAGAGUUUUGAUGAGGCUCUGAGAGAGGCAGAGGCAAACCGAAGACCCAGUAACAGUGCUUCGACACCUGCUACAACACCAACCAUACCAGAAGAGAAGCCACUCUCCUAGAGGAAUAACUUGUUUGGCUACAAAAACUGGGUUUAGUUAGGCGUCUUACCUCUUGAUGUGGAAUGGUUAAUUCAGUUCAGCUUAAAAUGCAAUGGGUAUAUUGUGGAUUGGUACAGCUUUACUGCAGACUGAACUUAUGGUUACUUAUUAAUUAUUACAUUAAAUGUAGCUAUACAUAUUUUUAUAAUACAAUAUUUAAUGGUAUCUUUUGCCUAUAACAUUUCAUAAUAAACUGUUUGACUAAACUGUCCACUCCAGGUGUUACGAGAACUUCAGAGGCAUGCUUAUUGAAAUAAGAUGUCGUUUACAAUUUGUAUUCAGCAAUCACUUUAAAGUUUUUUCAUGAAAAGAAAGGAUCAACUCUCCAACUUGGGAAAAUAACCAUAUUGCUAACUCUAUUGUAUAGAAUGUUUAGGAGGCAUGCUAAUUAAUUAUUGGAAGUGACUUUCAUGUGUUGUCACAGCACUAGAGUUCAGCAUUAUUUAACUUGAAAGCUUUUUGUGAGAAAACGAUGGCUUGGCUGUGUUGUAACGACAGCUUAGGUUUCUGUUACACUGCUUUGCAUGUAAACUACUGAAUAUGUAAUUAAUGGAAGCUUUCAUAUUCAAGGCUGUGCCUGUAACUGAAAAUUUAAAAUUUUGAACAGUCAGUUCUCUGCGUAACAGUGUCAUUCAGAUAAUUCUUAUUCUGCAAGAUUUACUACAUAAUACAACACACUUAAAAUGAGAAACAUCUGUUGUUCAUCAUUAAUAGCUGAAAUGUGUGCAGUAAGGAAGACUACUAGACAGAUUGAUAUUUCAGGUAUUAUCUUCACAUAUAUAGUAGUGCAACAACAAAUUUUUUUCCACUCAUUUGUGCUACUUCCUGCCUUCUGGUGUUGGUCAUCUCUCACCCACAUUUAUGAUGCUGUCACUUUCUCUCUGAUAACCAUCUAUUUAAGUUGUUAAAACUUAAAUUGUUUUCCAUACUGAUUCAUCUGUAGCCAUCUGGGAAAUAAUUCACUAUAAUGUUGAUUUUAUUUUAAGUGAUAUAGGGGCUUGUUCUAUGGCAGCAACUAUUGUGAUCUGUUCUGGACAAAGGAACCAUAUUGUUUUUGCAUUAAAUUGCAAUUACUCAUCUCCAUCCACCUUGGCCUUGCUGUAAUAUUUUCAAAAAAUCUCAUACUAAAUUACUGUCAAAUUUUUGAAAAGAAAUGUUUUCUAUUUGAUAGUAUUGAUGUAUAUUUUAAGAAAAUAAUCAGUGUAACUAGAUAUUAAAAAGUUUAUUGCACAUUUUGAUUGUUAAAAUAUUCUAAUGUUUUGUCUGUCACAUUGAUUAUAAUAAAUAACUUUUUGUUACAUGAAAACUAAUAUUUUCCUUAUUAA